CUUGCCUGGACAGCAGCUUCUAGCAACUGACGGCGGUGGACCGCAGCAAGCAAUUCUCCUCGAAUUCUCUUCUCUCGGGCUCUUGCACGUCAAAGUCUGUUAGGCAUGGCCGCCGCCGCGACGCUCGCCCGGACCUCCCCUCCGCCGCUGCUCCUCUGCGGCCCCCGCGACGGCCGCCUCCGGCUGCGCCUCUCCCCGCGCCGCCCCGCCGCCGGGUGCCGCUGCCGGGCCACGGCGCAGACGUCGUUCCAGGGGGGGCCCGCCGCCAGCUACGCCCGCGAGAUGGAGCGCCUCUCCGCCAAGGAGUCCCUUCUUCUCGCCUUCAAGGAUGCCGGAGGCUUCGAAUCCUUGGUUAGCGGGAAGACCACGGAGAUGCAGAGGAUCGACGUCAAUGAGCGGAUCGUGGGGUUGGAACGCCUCAACCCCACUCCUCGCCCCACGACAUCCCCCUAUCUGGAAGGUCGAUGGAACUUCGAAUGGUUUGGUGACAACAGUCCUGGAGCAUUUGCAGCCCGGACUUUGUUUGAGAGGUCACCUACAAGUGUGGCACACUUUACGGGACUUGAUGUGGUGAUCAAGGAUGGAUAUUCCAAACUGUCAUCUAACGUUAAGUUCUUCAAUACGAUACAAAACAAAUUUGUACUGACUACUCAACUGUCCGUGGAGGGACCUAUCAGAAUGAAAGAGGAAUAUGUGGAGGGCUUUUUAGAGACCCCCAAAAUCAGUGAGGAAACACUACCUGAACAGCUGAAGGGCUUCCUUGGACAAACUACAGGAGCUCUACAGCAACUCCCUGCCCCCAUAAGGGAUGCUGUUUCAGAGGGUCUUAAAGUACCUCUUAAUGGAAUGUUCCAGCGCUUAUUCAUGAUCUCAUACCUGGAUGAAGAAAUAUUGAUUAUCAGAGAUGCUGCUGGAGCACCUGAUGUCCUCACCAAACUGGAAGGUCCACAACCAAAUCCGAUCGACACGUCAGACACAGUGAUUCCAGAAUACCAAAGCUAGUGUUUGGGUACUAACUGGAACAUUAUGAUUAACUUUUUCAAGGAUUCCUUCUAUUUUUGUGCAUGGUAACAGUCACUAGUGUGUAAACUAGCUCUCCCCUUUGUUGCUACUCUCGACUCUCGAGUACAUACUUCUAUUUUGAAGUUGAGCGGUAUUCUUUUCUUUUCUUGAAAAAGAAAUCCUGGAGUCGAGUAAUAA